AUGCUGUUGCUGCUGCUGCUGCUGCUGCUGUUGCUGCUGCUGCUGCUGCUGCUGCUGCUCCUGCUGCUGCAGAGACACCUGGAGGCUGUAGCCGACGACGGCCAAGCAGCAGCAGAGCUGUGUUCUGCUGCAGCAGCAAGAGCCUGGGGGGCGCGGGGGUACCUGCAGCAAGCCAUCAGCAUUGCUGACGCGCAGCUAGCCCCAGACACGCAGCUGCAGCAGCUCCUCAUCAGCUGCGUAAUAGAAAAGGCGCUGCAGCAGCAGCAGCAGCAGCAGCAGCAGCAGCAGCAGCAGCAGAAGCAGCAGCAGCAGAAGAGGCAGCAGGUGGAGGAGAAGCAGCAGAAGAAACUGCAGCAAAUAGAACAAGAUGAAGAUGCUGCAGCACACCAGCAGCAGCACCGAACGGCAACGCAGCAGCAGCAGCAGCCAGAGCAGCGGGAGCUGCAGCAGCAAGAGCAGCAGCAAGGCCAGCAAGAACUGCAACAGCAACAAGAGCAGCAGCAAGAGCCGCACCAAGAGCAGAAGCAAGAGCAGCAGGAGCAGCAGCAGGAGCAGCAGCAACAGCAGCAGCAACAGCAGCAGCAACAGCAGCAGCAAGGAGCAGCAGGAGCAGCAGCAGGAGCAGCAGCAACAGCAGCAGCAACAGCAGCAGCAACAGCAGCAGCAGGAGCUUACAAACCCCGCGACAGCAACAAUUGCUGCAUGGCCUCUUGA